AUGGCAUUGCGCACAUCGGCCGACAACGCAGAGGAUGUGGCAGCUGGCUUCCGGAUGCUGCGCGAUCCUCUGCCCGAACAUGCAACGGAGAUCACCAGUCUCAUUGCCGACCUCUACUCCAUCAGCACAUCCUUGACAAGCCUGGAUGACCUCACCAAGAAUCGUCACUAUCGGCACAAUGUGGCUAUCGCCAAAGAAGACCUGGAUCUGGUGCAGACUAGCUUGAAGUAUACACUCGAGGACAUUGUGGAUUUCUUCGGCGACAUUGAAGUGCAGAAAGGGUCGAACCGCGAGGUCUACAAACGAACAUGGCUUAGCCUUACUGCGUUCUUCCAGAAGGAGUCUCACGAGCCGCUUCCCACUCGUCUAGCCAAGUACAAGGCGUUUCUACGGGAAUUGGAAGAUUUGAUCAAGGACAAAUUUCCCGAAACACCUCUUAUGAGUGGUCUACGCAACAACCUCAAGGGUCUCCUGAUCCAGCAAGAAAACCGGCUUACUCCGCGAUUUGGCGGCCUCUCACUGGGCACUCCGUCGUCUAGCACCACGAGUGCCGAGCCAGGAAGUCCAGUGAGUGAUCGACGACCCCGGAACCGUAGGUCGUACGAGCGGGCCAGACCAUCUCAUCGCUCGCCUCAAUCGCCCCUUUCUCCCUCAUCAGGGACAUUUUCGGAUAUCCCCCCGUCUGCGCCUGAUGCGCCGGGUUCGCCUACGACCGGCUCUACAACCACUACCAGUCAGUCCGCAGGCUCCAAUACGCUAGUGAGCGACCAUUGGGCCAAGCGGGUGUUUCUCGAUGAGAUUACAAUGACCCCCAUUCCUUACGUAGGCGAAAGUUCGAAAUGUCUCGGUGACCAUUCUCCCGGGGUCAAGCGGUGGCUAAAAGAUGAGGGAUUCGAGGAACUUUUCCAGUUAGCAUUCACCGGCGACUCGGACCUUCGCGUGCAUUUCUACCUUCGCGAGGAUGAUCACCGAGCGCGGAUAUUGUGCAAGGCUCCUCACACCACUCGACCGAGCGAAUACUUCUGCAUGCCUCUAAAUCUCCUGGAAAUUGUCCGGGUUGGCUCCUGUCUGAACCUCUGCCGGCGACGGCGCGGCGGGUACGAGCUGGUCCUGUGGGCCAACCUCAAGUUCAGCACCAUCGAGCAGAUGGUCCUUUUCUUCUGCACAUUCCUCGCGUUACGCUCCCAGGACGCCGGUCGACCUGUGGAGAGCAUCCGUGACUACGAGCUCGAUAACGAGGAAGAGCUCUUUGGAGGACAGAUCCUCGAUGAUAAUUACCUUCAUGCGUUGCGCAUAUACCGGGACAAGGUAUCUGGAGCCGUGAGGCUGCAGGCAUCCGUCCACAAGGGGGAGAUGAAACGGGCGCCUGUAUGGACUGCCUUUAUCACUCAGAACCUCGGGACGCGGGGCUGGAUCCGCCGUCCGGACUCGAAGGUGGUCGUGCUGCGUGAGCUCCGUCAGACUAUCUUCAUGUUCGCGGCGGAUUAUACCCCGCAGAAGACGUCGAGGGGGGAGCAUAUCUUGCAGUUUACGAAUCGUGCUGAUGCCCAAGGUUUCGUAGAGACCAUCGCACAGCUGGCGAAUACUCGCUAG